GUGUGCGUGUGUGUGUAUGUGUGUAUGUGUGCAGACCGUACAUUUGUCAGCUCCAGCUUGUUUGUGGCGCUCCGCUGAACCUGUGAACGCAUUCAUGUGGACGUAAAGGUGGCACAAAAACUACACGGGACACUUUCCACCGGGAUCCACUGAAAAGGGAGUCAUGGAUUAUGCAAAAAGCUGCAUUACUACUUAUCUCGCCAUCGUCAUUUUGACAAUCAGCAGUGCCAGCCACGCUCUUCUGGACAGAUUUCUGGAGGAGAACUACACAGAUCAAAUGUUUCCUCAUCCUUUGGACUCAGAGGACGAUAGCCAAACACUUACCUCUUGUGAUUUCGAAUCACCGUGCCACUGGACUUUAUCAAAUCACAGUGCCCAAAGUGACUGGUGGGUCCUGUCGCCACAGCAACCGAGAUCAAGCAUGCAGGCCGGCGUGAUGCCUGCCACUGACCACUCAGUGGGAAACUCUGACGGUCACCUCCUGCUUCUCAGCACGUCCCCUGCCGCUGAGGCCGCUGGGAGCUGUGAGUACCACCUGACCAGCCCUGUGCUGCCCGGCAGUGGCGAGCUGUGCCACUUGCAUGUAGCUGUGUAUGAGGCUGGUCCAGUAGCGGGGAACCUCACCCUCCUGGUCAAGCCAGUUCUCUCAGGUUCAGCUGUGAACUCCGUGGUUCUCAACCACAGGAGACAAGAUGGCAGCAGGGCUGAGUGGCAGGUUGUGGAGGCUGUGAUUGGCCGGGUGGACGAGCCUUUCCAGGUGACCUUGCUCUUCACUUCCUGUCCGGGGGAGGAGGGCGCCACUCUGGCUCUGGACUCUCUGGAGCUGCGGCACUGUGACCCGGGACUCCAGGAUGCAGAGCUGGGUGCAGAGUGUGAGGACUCGUUCCAAUGUGAGACCAGAGGCUGCAUCGACCAGAGCCGAGUCUGCGACUUCCACACUGACUGUCCUUUGGGAGAGGAUGAGGGCUUCAUCUGUGAUGCGCUUCCAUUUGGCUCACACUGUUCGUUUGAGCGAGAUGCAUGCGGAUGGUCGGUGUCCACCCAGAAUUCAGCCUGGAGAAGAGUUGCGGGAGAUGAGUUUAUGGAGAAAGAAGACACACACGGUGUCACUCUGCAGGGCACCCCAGGGCACUUCCUGUUUUUGCGGGUAGGAGGGAGUGAUUCCCUUCAGAAGGCGUCUGUUCAGAGCUCUUCUUUCCCGCCUCCAGUCUCCACCAGCGCCUGUCAGCUGCGUUUUUCUCUCUACCUGUUCGGGGAGUUUAAUGGCACGGUGUCGGUGGCUAUAGAGGAGAACGGAACUGCCACCUCCCCUCCGGUCUGGGAGAGAAACGGCGAGUGGACGGACAACUGGCAAGACAUCGCCCUGCAGCUGACCAGCCUUCAUCAAGGGUUCCACGUCAAGGUAACAGCUCAGUGGGCACAAGGGUCCAACGCCGACAUCGCUCUUGAUGACAUCGCAAUCGGGGCAGCCUGCUUCGACACAGAUCUCAACUCUCUGCUGCUCAGUCACAGAUUCUUCCAUGGCAUGGAGUCCAUGGGGGACUUGGAUGAUUUCUUCAGCCCUCUCCCAGAGCCCUCAGCCUCAGAGGUUUCUUUGAUGACAUGGUGGUUUACAUCAUGCGGUGCCAGUGGUCCUCAGGGACCAACCCAGGCCCAGUGUGACAGUGCCUACAGGAACACCAAUGUCAGCGUCACUGUGGGGAAGGAUGGCCCCUUUAAAGGAGUCCAAAUGUGGCGGGUACCAGCUACCAACAGAUACAUGAUCUCUGCCUAUGGGGCUGCAGGAGGAAAAGGCGCGAAAAACCACAACAAGCGCUCCCAUGGGGUCUUCAUAUCUGCCAUCUUUCCUCUGGAGAAAGGAGAGAUCCUUUACAUCCUGGUGGGCCACCAGGGAGAGGAUGCAUGCCCAGGGAGAAAUCCCCUCACCCAGAAAAUCUGCCUGGGAGAGUCGUCAGUGAUUGAGGACGACCCCAGAGGAGAGGGCUCUGCAGAGUGGGCCGGGGGAGGAGGUGGAGGUGGGGGAGCCUCGUACGUCUUCAAGAUGGAGGCUGGUGAGCUGGUUCCCUUGCUGAUCGCAGCUGGUGGAGGAGGGAAGGCCUACCUGGAGGACCCAGAGUCUAGUCUGGACCAGAUCCCACUGGAGCAGUAUGAAAACGACACAGUGGCACCCAGCACCAGUGGCUGGACUGGCGCUGCAGGUGGAGGCGGAGGCUGGAAGGACAAUCCUAGUCUGUACCCGAGGGCCGGCAAGUCCCUGACAGAGGGUGCUGAGGGGGGGUCCUCGUGUCCCCUGGCCCUGUCCAAGCUCAGCUGGUCCACGUUCGGGGGGUUCGGAGGUGGAGGUGGUGCCUGCACAGCCGGAGGAGGAGGGGGAGGAUACAGAGGAGGUGAUGCUGCAUUGACCGAUGACAUCACCGCUGACGGUCAGGAUGGCAUCUCAUUUGUCCAUCCAAUGGGGGAGAUUUUCCUGCAGCCUCUGGCAGCCAUGGAGAGUCACGGUGAGUGUGAGAUCAAGGUGCAGCUGAACUGCAGCCACUGCCAGACGCAGAGCUGCACACGCGACGAGGAGACCCGCCUCAUCCUCUGCCUCUGCCACAACGAGGAGGUGCUGGCCAGCGACAACGUCACAUGUACAGCAGCUCCUCAAGGCCCAGCUCCAGAGGGCCAGCUAUCGCUCUCGCUGAUCCUGGCUGUAGUGGCCUCCACCAUCGUGAUGGGCAUCGUCCUGACCUGCGCCAGUCUCACCCUCAUUUACUACCGCAAGAAGAACCAUCUUCAUGCAGUGAGGGUGCGUCUACAGAGUCCAGAGUACAAGCUGAGCAAGAUUCGCUCUUCCACCAUCAUGACCGACUACAACCCCAACUACUGCUUUGCAGGCAAGGCCGCCUCACUCAGUGAACUGAAGGAGGUCCCACGCAAGAACAUCACUCUUCUCAGGGCUCUUGGCCACGGUGCAUUUGGUGAAGUGUAUGAAGGGCAGAUCCUGGGCAUGAGUGGCGACAACAGCGCCAUGCAGGUGGCCAUAAAGACUCUCCCGGAAAUCUGCUCUGAGCAGGACGAGAUGGAUUUCCUGAUGGAGGCGCUGAUUAUGAGUAAGUUCAGCCACCAAAACAUAGUGCGCUGCAUCGGAGUCAGCCUGAACAUCCUGCCCCGAUUCAUCCUGCUGGAGCUGAUGACUGGAGGAGAUAUGAAGAGCUUCCUGAGACAGAACAGACCACGGGCUGGCCAGACGUGUUCUCUCACCAUGCUGGAGCUGCUACACAUGGCCAGAGAUAUUGCAUUUGGCUGUCGCUACCUGGAGGAGAACCACUUCAUACACAGAGACAUCGCUGCCAGGAAUUGUCUGUUGACCUGCCCUGGGCCAGAUAGAGUGGCCAAAAUUGGAGACUUUGGCAUGGCUCGGGACAUAUACAGGGCCAGCUAUUACAGGAAAGGAGGUCGUGCCAUGCUGCCAGUCAAAUGGAUGCCACCAGAAGCCUUCAUGGAAGGCAUCUUCACUUGCAAGACUGAUACCUGGUCAUUUGGAGUACUGCUGUGGGAGAUCCUUUCCUUGGGUUACAUGCCAUAUCCCUGUAAGACCAAUCAGGAGGUGCUGGAAUUUGUCACCAGUGGGGGCAGGAUGGACCCGCCCAAGGGCUGUCCUGGGCCUGUAUAUCGGAUCAUGACUCAGUGUUGGCAGCACUGUCCAGAGCACAGGCCAAACUUCUCAACUAUCCUGGAGAGAAUCAACUACUGCACUCAAGAUCCAGAUGUGAUCAACACACCCCUACCAGUGGAAUACAGCCCCACCAUUGAGGAUGAUGGUGGCACAGUAAUCCGUCCCUCAGACCACACCUCCAGCAGCCUCACUCCACUCCUGGUGUCCCACCCUGUUUCUCAGGACCCCUCAACCCAGCUGGGCCCCUCUUCUCUGGGCCUGGGUCCCACUCCACUUCCCCCACAGCCCACCAAGCCUCGUCUACUCCUCCAGAAAACCCAACCCAUCCACCAGGAGGUGACAUCGUACCGUGAAGUGUUGGAGCCAUCAUGGGCUGAGCCUGUUCCUGCCCCUGGUUUGUCAGCAGCAGGGGUGUGUACAGGAGGAUCCUGGCUCCACCCUGAGCCUCUCCACCACCAACCUUGCUCCAGAAACAGCUCCUCUUCAGGGAGCCAGAGGCUGAAGAACAAGACUAAGAACCUGUGGAACCCCACCUAUGGCUCCUGGGUCUUGGAAAGCUUCAGCAGGGGAAAGAAAACACUGGCUCACACUCAGUCCAUGCCUCUGUCAAGCUCCACUUCCUCCACCUCCAACAGCCAGGUUUCUCAGUCUUGCAGCCCAGCCUCAGAUUACACUGAGGUUGGCUGUGAUAGUGCCAACACCACCCGUCUCAGCCCUUCCACUCUCUCUACUUCAUCCUCCCCGUCCCCUUCCUGCCAAGCUGCAGCUGCUUCAGGCACCUCCUCCAAUAAAACCCCAACACGGGGUGCCACCACAGGAGCCCCAACAGCCGGCAUGGACCUGGCCAAGCUCCAGAGCUUCCCAUGCGGCAACGUCAACUAUGCCUAUGACGAGCAAAGUUACGAGGCAGAGAGCCUACCCUUAGUCAUGUCCAAAGCCCCUGAAGCCAACACAAGCACCAGCUCCGCUCCCAGCUGCUCAUCAGGGUCCAGCCUAGGUUUGGGCCACCAUACCUCCUCUUCUUGUAUGCCCAAGUUGCUGCUGAAGCGCCAUGCCAGCUACGGACAUGAGGACGUGAGGAGACACGCCAAAGCCGAGAAGCCCACACGCGACCGAGACUCAGGCUUUUCUCUGUCCGAAGACCUCAGCGUCACCCCCGUCUAAGGGACAACCCCAUACAUCCUUCACAGGGAUUCCGUUUCCAAUUCAAACUCUGGAAUGUUGUGUGGAUUCUGGAUUCUACACAGACACACAAAUUGAAACUGGGGCGCUCGGAGUUCUGGAACGCUCUCGAUUGGGGUUGUGGAGCGUGGCGCAUGACCACGAGGGUUCUCCACCUUGGGUGAAGAGCCGCAACAUGAAAUAAUUAGAGUUCCCAGAAUGCUGGAACACACAUACACACGCCUAAACACGGGCACACACACACACACACUGUCAUAUGCACAUUCCUCAACACUGUGACUGGAAAAGCCAACACUGGAGUCGAAGGCCAUUCCCCGGCUUCCAGUCCACUGGUAGCAGAACACUGUCACUGAAACUCUGGACAGCAUUCAGCUCUGUGCUUUCUACACCUCCACCUGACUGGCUGCCAUAAAUAACUUUUCUACCAGCUUCUUUUUCGCUGUUUGUUUGUUUGUUUUUUCAUGAAAGCUUUGGCAGUAGCAAUGUUGCAUUAUCAUGAGCAAUCAAGUUCAAAUCUCUGGUAUCCAAUGUACAGUAAGAAUAUAAGCCACAAAUAUUGAGCCAUUGGGAAGAAAAUCUCCAUAUGUGUGAUUUUCUUCACUGUACAAUAUAGGUUUGUUGUCGAACCGCAUAUGAUUUUUGGCAAAGUCCAUUACCCUCAACUCAGUAACUAGGUCCAUCUAGUGACUGUCAUGUGGUAUCACCAAUUUAAAAAUGCAGCUUUUUGUUAGUUUUAUGUGUACUACUGAAUGCUAUUAGUUGAUAUAGUUACCCAAGUUAUGUAUUCACAUUUACUUUUAAACUGAAUCUGAUUUGCUUUCAGCCCAGAUAAUGUGAAAACAGAUUCACGUGUAAACUAAUGCAAUUUCUAGCUUUAGUGUAUGAACACUUUGUAAUGUUUCUCUAUAUUAUUUUUUGUUUAAUUAAUUUUUACAAAAAGAAAAGUCAGUCCCUGUCUUGUCUUUCUGGUUAUUUGCAUAUUUUGACUAAAUAGCGUGUCUCUUUCCCCAUGUUCCAAUAUUACCUUUGACAGUGGAUCUCAUAAGAGGAGCUUAUAGAUGAUUAGCAUGAUGACCAUGCAGCUGUGAAAAUAUUUGCUAUUUUUGUAUACACUUCCUUACACUGGACUAACCCAUUGCAUUUGUAGCUAUUUGUCAUUUAUUGGGUAUAAUUGUUUAUCUAUGUGUUUAUGUGUUUAUGGUUCCAUUUGUAGUUGAUCACUGCCAUUAGGUACCACUACGCUGCAUUUGUCUGAAUGCAGAGCUGGUAGUACCUAAGUUUACUCAGCAGAAGGAGGUAUUCACACUUGAAAUACCAAGCAAGCUGCUGCAGGUAUCUUCUCAUAUAUUCAAAGAUUAAAUUGUGAAAAUCUCUGUUCAGUAUUUAUGUUUUGAGAUUGUUCUAAUUUAAUCGAUUUGUAAGUUGUACUCUUAUUUUUAUUAGCCUUUAUUUUAAACGUGAAUAUGUGUCAGUACUUUUUUGGGGGGUUUGCUGAGUGAAUGGUUAUAUUUGGUAAGGGUCCAUAGGCUUGUAUGUUUUUAUGCCAAGGCCUGUUUAUAAUACAGCUGAGUUUGCCUUGGUUCUUGCUUUACAGUAGUUAUACCUCACACCACUUGAAUAUAACCCCAGUGUAACUUUGAGGAAAAGUAAAUUACCAAAAGGCUCACCUAGUUUCCUAAAGACUCCUUUUUACCCUUGCAAGAGAUUUCUUAACAUUUAGAAAUAUUGUUGUUUUCUUUGGGAUUUCUACUACAGAAUUUUCAUGAAGAGGAACAAAAAAAAAAAAACCACGGUCACCCUGACCUUGUCUUGCUCACAAUGUAGAUUUUUUUUUAAGGCCCGUGAUUUUUGUUUUGCACUUAUUCUAAACCUUAUUUUUGCAUCCUUUGUGUAGCUAAAGUAAAGGUGUUGUGCCUCAGUCCAACAGAGCAAAGACUAUAAACUCUAUGCAAUAUAUUCUAUUUCACAUUUUCAUCAACCCUAACUGUACCCCAAAUAAAUGAACAUAUACUGAU